GCAAGUGUACGGACGAACGAAUUGAGUUGGUCUCUGUGAGAGUGUCCCGAGAACUAAACCGGGCAGCUGUACUUAUCAACGGGACCGCACCACGGCUUUCAGUUGCUCAGAGGCUUCAGCCAAGUCAAGUCGCUCUAGUUAAGAACACCCAAGCAUCAUGUCUGAGAAGAAGGAAAAGAAGACCAAGAAGAAGGCCUCCUCCAAGGACGAGACCCCUUCCGAUACCCCAGCAGCAGACACCCCAUCGGCACCAACUCCCUCGGACUCUGGCUCGGGGCGAGGAUCCACCCGCGGAUCUUCCUCCCGGAAGGCCAAGAAAGCCCCAUCCUCGGUCUUCGUCCUCUUCUCCCAGAAGCAGAUCGCCGAAUUCAAGGAGGCCUUCCAGCUUAUGGACAACGACAAGGAUGGUGUGAUUGGCAAGAACGAUCUCCGCUCGACCUUUGAUGCUUUGGGCAAACUGUGCUCAGACAAGGAAUUGGACGAUAUGCUUGGCGAAGCUGCGGGCCCACUCAACUUCACCCAGCUGCUGACACUGUUCGCCAACCGCAUGUCAGGAGGUGGCACCGACGACGACGAUGUUGUCAUCAAUGCCUUCAAAGCAUUCGACAUGAACGGCAAGAUCGAUGGUGACCGGUUCCGUUACGCUCUGACCCACUGGGGUAGCGACAAAUUCACCGAAGACGAGGUUGACGAUGCCUUCGAUCAGAUGAUCAUCGACGAUAAGGGUUUCAUCGACACCGCCGCCCUGAUCUCCAUGCUCACCGGUACCGAAGAGGAAGCGGAAGAAUAAAUUUAUGCGGUGUGGAAAACUGAAAAACCAAAAGCUUCUAUUUAUUUUAAACUUUUACUUGUAAUCAACAUCUACAAAGAACAAGCAGUGACAACAACAACAACAACAACAAUACGGAGAACAUCUUCAUGUAAUCACAAUUCCAUUUGCUUACGUCAUCUGAUUCUAAAUUAUUACUUUUAUUUUCUAUGAUAAGACAUGAAUUUUAAGCUGUAAGGAGAAUAACGUUAUAUAAAAAAUAAAAAAAUAAACAAAAAAAGUGCAAAAAGUUCAUGCAGGAGAAAACAAGCUUUUACUAGGAACCACCGGUCUUUCCUUUCCUCGCGGUGUCAGCAAUGCAGAGUCAGUCAGAAUGGAUGAAGAAAAAAAUCGAACAGAACUAGCAGGGAUGUGUAGAAUUGGAAAUACGGCAAAAUAAAUGUUUUCAUUGAAACUACA